AUGGAGAGCUGGAAUGACCCGUCACUGUGGAACUGGAGGGGUGCUGCCGGGUCACGAUCCGCUUCAGAUGCCCUCCGAUGCACCGUCCUCGGACGCAGAUCGGCUGGACUCACGAGAAACACCGCCGAUGUGCCUGCCAGUGCUACAACGCCGAGCACAAAGGCCAGCGCAGAGCGCCUUGUCAAUAUCGCCGAGGCUGUAGAUGAGGCACGCCGCGUUGAAGAAGUGUCCGUGUUUCAGGAUUUACUGGCCAUUGAAUAG